AUGACGACGACGAUGUCAACCCUUCCAGUGGUUUUGGUAGACGAGAUUCUCGCUAGGGUUCCCAUUACAUCUCUUAGAUCACUCCGAUCAACGUGCAAGAAAUGGGAGGCUUCAUCGAAAACCAAUCUUGUAGGUGGUAAAGCAACCGCAAGGAAAAGCAGUCACGUAGGGUUUAUCCUCAUUGGUGACAAGAUCUGUUCAAUGAAGCUGGACCUAAAUGGCGGCGAUGACUUUGUUGACACAUCAGUGAAUCAAGUAAGUGCAUUUGAUGGAUUCGCGAUAUCUCAACUCUUUCACUGCGACGGCUUAUUGUUUUGCAUCUCCAAUAACCACUACAGCAACUACACGCUCAUGGUAUGUAACAUGUACUUGGGGGAAACUAGGUUGAUUCAAAACCGUAGCUUGUUCGAGAGUUAUCAGAACUUUUGCUCGUAUGCUUUCGGAUAUGAUAGCAGCAAAAACCGUAACCACAAAAUCUUGAGAAAUAAUUCUGUUUCUGGUGGUUAUGAAAUCUACAGUUUAAAAUCCGAUUCAUGGAAAGAUCUUAAUGUUGAUCUCGAGAAAUCUAUACAUCUUUGGCGACUAGGAAGCGUGUCUUUGAAGGGAAAUGCUUACUUUCGGGUUAUAAAGGUAAUUGAAGAAGGAGUUUGGGAAUAUAAUUUACUCUGUUUUGACUUCACAAGAGAGAGUUUUGGAAAGCUUCUGUCUCUGCCGUUUGAGUCUUUGGGUGAUGAAGGAGAAGGCAUUAUGGUUAUAUCUUGUGUUAGAGAUGAUCAUCUUGCUGUGUUAUAUCAACGUGACACUUUAGGUAUUUGGAUUUCGACUGAGAUCGAGCCCAACAAGGUGUCGUGGAGAGAGUUUUUGCAAGUGGACUUGGCGACGCUGGAUGGUUUUCCGGAUGUAUUUAUAGCUGGGAGAUUCAUCGUUGACGAGGAGAAGCAAGUCGUUGUAGUUUUCGGUCAAGAGACAGAGUUGGAUCUCAACCACGGAAAUGCUUUCAUCUUUGGAAGAGAUGGAUACUUCACCUCUUUUACCGUUGGAGAUGCUCCGCCCGAAGACUUCACUUCUUAUGUUCCAAGCUUAGUCUCAUUGCAAAUCGACAAGACGGGUAAAAGGAAAGCAAGAGAUGACUAGAUUGUUUCUUAUGUUUCUUAUCUCUCUUUUGUUUCAGUCAUUUACUUUCAUCUCCUUCUGAACAAUUCUGCUUUUUCAUGUUUAUUUGGGAUAUUUGCUGCUGUGAUAACAUCUUGAUGCGUUUUCUGUUUUUACUUCAUUUCUUUUAAUUUUAUUGCCACAACAACAAA